CGAUUCGGUUGCGGAUGCAAAUUCCGUUGCAGCCGCUGCUCGCGAACCGCUUCGAAUUCAAUUAAUUAGAGCACAUUAGCGGGAAAUAGCGUACAAAUAGGCAUGGUGGUUACGGACUCCCCCCUUGCCCCGCACAAAUAUCUGCGUCGCAUAUCCAAGGACUUUUCCACCGUUCGGCGAUACAGCAAUACACCGGCUGUCGUCGCUUCGGUUCGAGCCUCCACAUCCGCUUUUAUUGCGGCCGAGUCGGCAGCCCAUCUGCCCACCACCCACUGUCGCGGGGAGUCCCCCCCGUUUCCACGAACUCCGGCUUCCACGCCGCGGGGCAUUCGGCGGCGCCAGCGGAUGCGGAAGCGCUCCUCGGUCUCCUCGACGCUAUCGAAGGUCCUGAUACUCAACGUGCGCGAUUUGCUAAAGGCCCAUCCCGGCAGUGAACCCCUGAAGGAGCACCAGCCGCGUAGUUGGAUCGAGACAAAUUUCCAGAAGCGCGAGUGCAUCAAAUUUAUACCAUGCCCAAGGGACGAUACAAAAUGCUGCUGUGGCCAGGCCCAGAUCACGCAUCAGACGAUACCGGGCAUCGAGAGUGGGUCGCCCGGAGACCUCUGGCUGCCCACGAAGCACACCCGCCCGCAGCCCACAGAUGCCUAUGGAACCAUCGAGUUCCAGGGCGGCGCCCACCCCACAAAGGCACAGUACGUUCGCCUGUCGUUCGACACGCGGCCCGAGCUGCUGGUGCAGCUAUUCACCAAGGAAUGGAAUCUGGAAUUGCCAAAACUUUUGAUCACCGUGCAGGGCGGCAAGGCCAACUUUGAUUUGCAGGCCAAGCUGAAAAAGGAGAUACGCAAAGGACUGCUGAAGGCGGCCAAGACCACGGGAGCCUGGAUAUUCACCGGCGGCACAAACACCGGCGUCACCAAGCAAGUGGGCGACGCCCUGCUCCUGGAGGGUCAGCAGCGGACAGGACGAGUGGUCAGCAUCGGCAUCGCUCCCUGGGGCAUCGUGGAGCGCAAUCACGAGCUGCUGGGCCACAACCGCGAGGUGCCCUGCCACAGCAUUAGUUCGCCCAGAUCCAAGCUGGCCGUGCUGAACAAUCGCCAUGCCUACUUUCUCCUGGUGGACAAUGGAACGCAGGCCAAGUACGGCGCCGAAUUGAUACUGCGUCGCAAGCUGGAGAAGUUCAUAUCCAACCUGAAGCUACACCCAUUCACACAUUCCAGUACGCCCGUCGUCUGCCUGGUGAUCGAGGGCGGCACCAACACGAUACGUGCGGUGCUCGAGUACGUGACGGAUUCGCCGCCGGUUCCGGUGGUCGUAUGUGACGGAUCCGGGCGUGCCGCCGACCUUUUGGCCUUCGUCCACAAAUAUGCCUCGGAUGGGGAGGAGCAGCCGGUACUGGAGUCCAUGCGGGACUACCUCAUCGGGACCAUACAGAAGACCUUCGAAGUGGGCCUGGACCAAUCCGAGAAACUCUACCAGGAGCUGCUACAGUGCACAAGGAACAAGAAUCUGAUUACCGUCUUUCGCAUACAGGAAAAGCCCGAGGGCGAGGCGCAGGAGCUGGAUCAGACCAUCUUAACGGCCCUCUUCAAGUCGCAGCAUCUCAGUCCGCCGGAGCAAUUGAGUCUUGCCCUGACGUGGAAUCGGGUGGACAUAGCGCGCAGCGAGAUAUUCGUCUACGGCCAGGAAUGGCCCAAUGGCGCCCUGGACGAGGCCAUGAUGCAGGCUCUGGAGCACGAUAGAAUCGAUUUUGUCAAAUUACUCCUCGAGAAUGGCGUUUCGAUGAAGAAAUUUCUAACAAUACCGCGCCUCGAGGAGCUCUACAAUACCAAACACGGUCCGGCCAACACGCUGGGAUACAUCCUGCGCGAUGUCCGACCGCACAUACCCAAGGGCUACAUUUACACGCUCCACGACAUCGGCCUGGUGAUCAAUAAACUAAUGGGCGGCGCAUAUCGAUCCUAUUACACGCGCCGCAAGUUCCGGCCCAUCUACGCCAAGGUUAUGAAUAGCUAUGCAAACGCCUGCCGCAAGUCAUCCACCUACCAGUACCAGCGAUAUGCCGGAGCCAAUUCGCUGAGCCUGGUCACCGGCCUGCUGCCCUUCACCUCGGAAAUGGCCCUCUUCGAGUUCCCCUUCAACGAGCUGCUGAUCUGGGCCGUGCUGACCAAGCGACAACAGAUGGCGCUGCUGAUGUGGACGCACGGCGAGGAGGCGCUGGCCAAGUCGCUUGUGUCCUGCAAACUAUACAAGGCCAUGGCCCACGAGGCGGCCGAGGACGACCUGGACACGGAAAUCUACGAGGAGCUGCGCUCCUAUGCCAAGGAGUUCGAGAGCAAAGGCAACAAGUUGCUGGACUUUAGUUACCGGCAGGAUGCGGAAAAGGCUCAAAGGCUGCUCACCUGUGAGCUGCACUCCUGGUCGAAUCAGAGCUGCCUUUCCCUGGCUGUGGCGGCCAACCAUCGUGCCCUGCUAGCUCAUCCGUGCAGCCAGGUGAUCCUGGCGGAUCUCUGGAUGGGUGGCCUGCGAACCCGCAAGAAUACCAACUUUAAGGUCAUCUUGGGUCUGGCGAUGCCCUUCUACAUCAGGCAGCUGGACUUCAAGUCGAAGGAGGAGCUGCAGCAGAUGCCGCAGACUGAGGAGGAGCAUCUGGAGAACCAGAAUCUGGACAAUGACGACUCGGAUCGAUCGCAGCCGGAUGCCGAGGCUCUAUUGGCGGAUACUUACUCAGUGCGCGAUACAAAAGUACACGAAAAUGGCAAAGUCUCGCUCACCGACUCGGAUCCCGCCCAAUUCAGGGAGUUCUUCAAUCUCUCCGAGUACAAUGAGGUGAAACAGCACCAGCCGCUGCGCCUGAAGAAGAAGUUCUACGAGUUCUACACGGCGCCCAUAACCAAGUUCUGGGCCGAUUCGAUUGCCUACAUGUUCUUUCUCAUAAUGUUCUCCUUCACUGUGCUGGUGAAGAUGGAGCAGAUGCCGCGGUGGCAGGAGUGGUACUCAAUAGCAUAUAUCACAACGCUGGGCUUUGAAAAGAUACGCGAAAUAAUAUCCUCCGAACCGGUGGCCAUUACGCAUAAAUUCUCGGUGUGGGCGUGGAAUAUGUGGAAUCCGUGCGACGGCGCCGCCAUAAUACUCUUCGUCAUCGGCCUGGCAUUUCGGUUCCGGGAGACCACCAUGGACAUUGGAAGGGUCAUCUACUGCGUGGACAGCAUCUACUGGUACCUGCGCAUCCUGAACAUCCUUGGUGUGAAUAAAUAUCUGGGACCUUUGGUAACCAUGAUGGGCAAAAUGGUGAAGAACAUGAUAUACUUCGUGGUCCUGUUGGCCGUCGUUUUGAUGAGUUUCGGGGUCAGCAGACAGGCGAUUCUGUACCCCAACAAACAGCCCACCUGGAGUCUUAUCAAGGAGGUCACCUUCCAGCCCUACUUCAUGCUGUACGGAGAGGUGUUCGCCGGCGAUAUCGACCCUCCCUGCGGCGAGGAUCCCAGCCAGCCGGGCUGCGUCACUGGGCACUGGGUAACGCCGAUAACCAUGUCCAUGUACCUCUUGAUUGCCAAUAUUCUGCUGAUAAAUCUGCUCAUCGCCGUGUUCAACAACAUCUUCAACGAGGUCAACUCGGUUUCGCAUCAGGUGUGGAUGUUCCAGCGGUUCACCGUGGUGAUGGAGUACCAACAGAAGCCCGUCCUGCCGCCGCCCUUCAUCGCGCUGUGCCACUUCUACUCGCUGCUCAAGUACUGUGUGCGAAAGGCGAAAGGAUUGGAGGUGCAGCGGGACAACGGUCUCAAGCUGUUCCUCGAGAAGGACGACCUGGAGCGGCUGUACGACUUCGAGGAGGAGUGCGUCGAGGGCUUCUUUCAUGAGCAGGAAAUCAUCCUCAAUCAGUCGACGGACGAGCGGGUGAAGAACACCACGGAGCGAGUGGAGACCAUGUCCCAGAAAAUCGAGGACAUCAAUCAGAAGGAGAACAUACAAACGGCCACCGUUCAGAACAUCGAGUUCCGCCUGCGGAAGAUGGAGGAGUCCUCGGAGCAGAUACUCUCCCAUUUGGCCGUUAUACAUCGCUUCAUGUCGACACACACCGCCGGCACGGAUGAUUUGCGCGGCUCGACGAUAAACAUUCCGGGGGAGAUGCAGCGCAUGCGCACCAUCUCGAUUUCGGACACGGAGGCUGGACCGGGAGGACCGGGCGGAAAUGGUGGCGGAGGCGGUGGUGGUGGCGGCGGAGGAGCCAUCGUUCCACUUGGCCUGGGCGCCGGACUGAAUUUAAAUUCGCUGCAGGUGACCACCCGGCGCCGCUUCAAUCGUUCGCUGACCGAAGUCCGGCCGGAUGCGUACAUCUUCGACGAGGGCACGCACUUUGAGGUGGUGCCGCUGCCGGAGGAGCCGGACGAGGUGGUCAAGUCCCGGGAGGCGCUCAACGAGCAGGUGGUCCGCAAGGCGUCCAUGCAAUCGGAGACGGACUCGGACAUCUACCUGCCCCUCUCACAGCGACCCUCGACCUGUGAGACAGUGAAGCGGACGCCCUAUGUGACGGUUCGCCAGGAUACGGGUGCCAGCACCGAGAGCAAGGACACCCUCACACCGAUGGGCAACAACGAUGACGACCAGACGCUCGUGGGAGGCGACAAUUCCGACGAUGCGGCGCCAGACAUCAACUUUGAGGCUGCCAGACACCGGGCCCUCCGACAGCGAACGGUCUCCCUGUGCCGCCGCAACUCGGAGACGUACUCUCUCACCGGAGCGGACAUGAACCGGUCGCACAUCAGCCUCAACCAGCUGGCCUCCUUGUCCCGCCGCCAGAUGAGCCUCACGCAAUCCGAACCGGACAGCGACAAGGAUGCACCCGCAGGCCAGGGAUCCGGAUCCGCACAUCCCGGUAAAUCAGUAUUGCAUGCGAAACCCUCCAGAAAUAUCUUGCUGAAACUGCACAGCGAGUAUACCUCGAUCACGGACGAGCUGGAGAGCGUCUGCCACAUGAUAGCAUCGCCCACGGUCUCGCUGCCGAGCAACAAAGCUUCAUUGGACCGCCCCAAAACCGAAAUGUCGCGGGCCGAGGCUGCGGCCUUGCUGGAGAAGAAGCACCUGAAGGAGUGCGAGGAGAACGACUAUAAGAUACUGGAGGGACUGAUUGAGUCACGCGGCUCCAUCGAUGCCAGCGCCCAGGGAUUUGAGAUCGGCGUAUCCAUAGACUACAGCCAUCGCUAUCCGCUGCGACGCGAGACCGCCGUGGAGCUGUCGCCUUCGAAGCCCUCGGUCGACGGCGACCUGAUGGGUGGCGGUGUCGGAGGUGGCGGCGCCGGCGGUGGCGAUAGCAGCGACACCAGUGGAGCCGGUAGCUGCGGUGCCAUGGUCGUCGUCUCGAGCGGCUUUCAGCUGAAGAACGAGCGCCCCUGGCAGCGCAACUCCUCGAUGGAGCAGCAAACGUAUCCCUCGCCCCUGGUGCCCACCCGGGCCACCAGUGACUUCCUCAAUGCUCCGUACGAGGCUACCGGGCGGCUGUUCAAGAAGUCUAGCGAGAGUUUGCAGAAGAACUCCAGCACGGAGACGGACUACUCGGCCCAUCCGUACCGCUUCAUCAAGCAGAGUUCCAACGAGACGAACACCUCGCUGACGGGCUCCUACAACGUGGACACUCCCUCGCUGACGGCGGAGCCCUCGCUGGAUGCCGGCGACUCGCACUCGGCGACGGGGAUUAGCAUCAGCGUUGGCGCUGUGGGCGGCGCUGCCACGGCACGUUACCAGCCCAUCCGUACCGCCUCGGUGGGAGCUGCCGACGGCAGGCGUUUGCGGGAGGAGAGCUCCAGCUCGCUGGACCUCAGCGCCUCGGGGCCAGUGACGAUGCAGGCAGCGCCGGCACCGCCAGCGCGUCCGAUGCAGCUGAAGAAACAGUUUAGCGUCGACCAGGGCAAGCCGUCGCAGCCGGCGGUCGGUGAGGCAGUGCCUCAGACUCCGGAAGCCGCUGCCCAGGCUGGUCAGGCCAAACUGGUUUCCACACUCAAGCCGCAGCCCUUUGCCAGCAAGCUGGGCAUGAAUGUGCUGAAGGAGAGCAGCUCUAGCACAGAGGAGUCCAUCGGGUCGUCCGCCAAGAGCAGCAAUCCGGCCCUGUCCAUACCACAGAUUAGCACCCAUCUGGUGCAGGACGAGAUCGCCAAGCUGUCGUCGAACAUCAAGAGCAGCACCGAUUCGGAGAAAGACCCGCCGUUCAACGAGACAAUGUGUUAGCGAAGUAGGAGGAGGAUUA